AACUUAUACAAUGAGAAUACAACUGUGCAGUCUGACAGGUCGUAUAGAAUAUAAUCUAAUGAAGCCCACCACUUGGGGAUAUUUAUUCUUCUUAUCCUUCUCGUCCAGACCUCCGUCUCCUCUGUUUCCGCCAUUAAUAUUCUUUCUCUCUCUGUCGCCAUUGUUUCUCCUCAAGUUCUUGCCGAGUGUAUGAGUAGAUUGAUUUGAAGCCAUGAAGCUGCCGUAGCCCAGAUAAGAUCUGAUUGGAGAUUGGAAUCGUAUAAAGCUACUUACUGGGAUCUCUAGGUCCCUCUUUUUUCCAAUAUCUUAGCGGGCCAUCAAUCUGUUCGACGCCGAGGAAAGCAAAAAAGGUUAAUAUGGAUAGUGAGAGGGACAGCAUCCCGGGCAGUUUUAUGGCACUACUAAACAUGGUUGAGCAGCCAAUGUCAAAUUUGAAUCAACAGAACAAUCUGAAGUCAUUACCCGAAGAUAGUUCUUGCUUUUCUGAUAGACCUUAUUGCUCAGAAGACAAUGAUGUACUUUCGAGACCAAAUUUAAGGGUGGACACUUACGAUUAUGCUGAUGACUCAAAUGAAGUUCAGUCCCGUCUUGAAUGUAUCAAAGACACCGUUGAAAUUACAGAUAUGAUAUCUGGGCCUGAAAAUCUAGAUCAGGACUACUUAUUUUCUGCAUACAAUGUUCACACUGAGGAGUCUGAUUCUAAUGAACGAUACCUUGAAGGAGGACAAGUUGGAGCUGUUGAACACGAAAUUAGAAGUUUUUGUGAAGACACUUCUGUUCAAAUGUUAAGGCCGGUUGUUGGUAUGAAGUUUUCAUCAAAGGCAGAAGCAUAUGACUUCUACAAUACUUAUUCUUGGGUGCUUCGUUUCAGUAUUAGAUAUGGUGAUAAUUUUAUUAAUUCCAAAGGCGUACAAACUAUGCAGGAAUUAAUUUGCCAACGAUCCGGAAUCAACAAGACUACUAAAUAUGCCACUACUAGAUGUGGUUGCAAGGCAACACUCAGGGUAAAUCUUAAUGAUAAUUCAGAAUGGUAUGUCAAAGUUUUUAGGGAGGAACACAAUCAUUCCCUUGUGGAAUCUUGCAGUGAGAAAAAGCACCUGCAUUCACAUCAACAUAUUGACAAGCCAAUCAGAGAUUUAAUAAAGAAUCUUUGGGAGAAUAAUGUAUCACUCACAAGGGCUAAUUCUAUAGUAGCAGGUUUCUAUGGAUCAACAAAGAAAGUACCAUUCUGUAAGCGCAAGUUGCGUACUGUUUGUUCUCAGAUUGCAAGUGAAACCCUUCAGGACGACAUUGCUAAGACACUGGAGAAUUUCCGUGAUAUGAUAGCAAUGGACGAUAGAUUUGCUUUCUGUGCACAGGUGGAUGAUGACAACAGGCUAAAGUCACUAAUGUGGACUACUGGGAGGAGUAGAUCAUUAUAUAAUCACUUUGGAGAUGCAAUAACUUUUGACACUACUUAUGGAACAAACAUCUACAAAAUUCCAUUUGGUAUGUUUGUAGGAGUUAGUAACCACUUUGAGAGUGUAAUAUUCGCUAGAGUGUUCUUGACUAAUGAGAAGGAAGAGAAUUUUUGUUGAGCUUUUAAGCAAUUUGUUGCUAUGAUGGGUGGAAAACACCCAGUUACUAUUCUUACAGAUCAGGCUAGAGCAAUUGGAAAUGCAGUCCGGAAAGUUUUCACUCAUGCAGAACAUAGAUGGUGCAAAUGGCAUGUUCUUAAGCGGGCUCAUGAACUUCUUGGUGCUGUCUAUAGCAAGCACAAAACAUUUGCCGAUGAUUUCCAUAAGCUAGUGAACCACAUGCUAACUGUAGAAGAGUUUGAAUAUGCCUGGAAUUUCGUUACGGUAAAAUAUUGUUUGCAGGAACAUCCUUUUAUGACUAGAGCCUACGAGUGUAGGCACAAAUGGGCUAAACCAUAUUUUAGCAAAGUUUUCUGUGCUAGAAUGUGUAGCACUCAACGUAGUGAGUGUGCAAACUUUAUGCUGAAGAUACAUACGGUAUGCAAUUCUUCAAUAAAUGCAUUCAUUACCCAGUACACUAAGCUUAUAGACGAUCGUGAGAGUUGUGACGCAGAUGCCGAAAGGAAAAACAAACAGAAAAUAAUUAAGGUCCAUUUUGGAUAUCCAAUGGAGAAGCAUGCUUCAGUUAUCUAUACUGCAAAGGUUUAUAAUCUAUUCAAGAAGGAGCUCAUUAAGUCAACAUCAUACCUUGUGCUUCCUAGCAUGGAGGAACAUACUUUUGUUGUGAAGCACGUCCAGGCCGAGUCUAGGGAAUCGUGGUCGAAAGUAAUAUACAAAAUCAAAGUAGACGAGUCUAUUGGAUAUUACACUUGUGAAUGUGGACUUUACGAACAUUUUGGUGUUCUUUGUAGCCACGUCCUAGCGGUAUGAAUCUCAGAAAUUUGAAUUGUUAAAUAUGAUGUUAUAUCUGAAAGCAACUAAUUUUGUUCGUUGUUGUUUUUUGUCCUAAAUUUUUGUGCACCGAGGUGUCUGCAAAAUUCCAGAUUGUCAUAUAAUGAAGCGGUGGACAAAGCAAGCAAGGUCAUCUAGUUUCAACAAUAAGUUGGAGAAGUAUAUCAGCGACACGAACGAGGAAUCGAGAUCAUUUAGGCACAAGCUAUUAUAUUUUGCUGCAAUAGAUAUAGUUAAUGAAGCUGAAAAUGAUCAAGAAGCUUUUGCAAUUGCAAAGUCUAAUUUUACUCGCUGCAAGAAGGAAUUACAUGAGCACAGACUUUCAAAGACAACUACAUGCUAGGUCGGAUAUGGAUCAAUCCCUGAAGAUGAAGUAACUACACAUUCUGGUGUUCAACAGCAAGUCAAUGAAGUUGCUGAUUCAGGUCUUCAAAUUGUUGAUACCACAAACAAUAUUUCAAUUCCGGUUUCUUCAAUUCUUGCGCCUGCUAUAAUGAAGAAGAACGGUAGACCUUCAAAUAAGAGGUACAUGUCUAGCAUGGAAGCAAACAUCAAGAAGAAGAACGUGGGAAAACACCGGACCAGAAGACCAAACAUCCGGGUGGUGUGUUGGGUGUUGUCCAGUCAAGGUUUUGCAGCAAAUGUCGAUCGCCAACACACACGAUCAAAAAUUGUCCUCAGUUAUAUUUACCUUAAUGUUAUUUCUUUUCGUUUUGUUGUUGCAAUGAAACUACUAAUGAAGUGUGUACUGAUUGCAAACUUAAAUGUAUGAAUCCCUGAACUAAUUUUCUUGUUC